GUUGGUUGAGAUGGCAAUAUUAAUUGAGUGUGGGAAGAAAGCUUAUAGAAAUAGUGAAAAUGAUAAGAAAAAAGGAUUUGGAAUAUUUCGAUAAAAUCAUGGAAGAAAUAUGAAGGCUUAUUGUUUAAUGAAAAUAACAAGGGGAAGGAAUAAUUAAUUUAUAAAAGGGAAGCUAAAGAAAGAUAAAUGUAGAGAAGUAGGGGAAUUGAAUUGA